UGCUUUUGUCCCUGGAAUGCUCUCCAGCGGAUAGCUCGUCGCCAGCGUAUGGCCAAUAAUUUAGGGGAAGGUUCUCAAAAAAAAAAAAGAGGGAAAGGUUCUCAAAAAAGAAGAAGAGGGGAAGGCGCCCCGGCAUGUGGAUAAUCAACCUGUGGGAGGAAGAACAUCUCGGCCUCAGAUAAGCAAGGCUGCCUCAGAGGAAUCAACAGUAAAUCGAAGUUCAACCAAUCUUACAAUGUCCUUAGCUGUGGAGCUAAAAUCCCCUUUCAUAAGACAUACUCAAGGUACCAAUGUUAGGGAUUUCCUUCAUGCUAAUGGAAAGGUCGUGCUAGAAAGAGUGGAUAACAACCAUAGCCUAAGAUCUUUCACUCAAAAAGAGAUAGAAGGCAUCACCGGUGGGUAUAGCACCCUGCUGGGAGAAGGGGGCUUCGGUAAGGUUUACAAGGGAAAAUUAGAUUAUCUUCGUCCAGUCGCAGUAAAGAAAUACAAAAAUGGAACCAAGAAAGAGGAGUUUGCCAAAGAGGUGAUAGUGCAUUCCCAGAUAAAUCACAAGAAUGUUGUUAGACUGUUUGGUUGCUGCACGGAGGAGAAUGCUCUUAUGAUCGUAAUGGAGUUUGUAUGCAAUGGCAACCUCUACAACAUCCUUCACUGCAGCAGCGAUGCUAAUGGUUCUGUCCCCUUCCCUUUGGACAAACGUUUGGACAUUGCUAUUGAGUCAGCUGAAGUAUUAUCAUACAUGCAUUCAAUGUAUAGUCCUGUUCUUCAUGGUGACAUCAAACCCGCUAAUAUACUGCUAGAUGAAAAUCUUCGGCCAAAGAUAUCGGAUUUUGGGAUAGCAAGAUUGCUUGCUGCUGACGAGACUCAGCAUACCAGAUCUGUCAUUGGUUGCAUAGGUUACGUGGACCCAUUGUUUUGUCAGAGUGGGAUUCUAACUCCCAAGAGUGAUGUAUACAGUUUUGGAGUUGUUUUGCUGGAAAUCAUCACCCGAAAGAAAGCUGUGGAUGGGACUAUCAUCCUUGCUCAAAAUUUUGCCGAAGCCCUGAGAAAAGGGAAAAAGGUGAGACAAAUGUUUGAUGAGGAAAUUGCGAAUGAUAAAAAGAACAUGAAAUUUCUUGAAGAUGUCGCAAAACUAGCAGCUGAAUGCUUGAAAAUGGAGGAUAAAAUGCGUCCAGAAAUGGUUGAAGUCGCGGACAGACUUAGGACAAUUAGAAAGGCCUACCGCCACCACAAGGGUAUAAAUGCUACAGGUAGCAACUCUGGACUUCCUAAAAGUGGAAAGGCAGAGGACGUGAUACCAUUAGUGGUACCAUCCAUUUCCAUGGAUGAACUGAAGGAAGUAACCAGGAACUUUAGCAUUGAUGCUCUAAUAGGACAGAGCUUACAGAUUAAAUUCUUUUUUGGAGUGCUGAAAGAUGGACGUAAAUCCAUGAUCAUGAAGAUUAGGCCUACUACAGAAAUUGUUUUGGAGGUUCCGGUGGUCUCAAGAUUCAGACAUGAGAAUGUUCUCCAGCUUCUCGGACACUGUGUUGAAGGAGACAACCGGGUUCUUGCUUGCGAGUACGCAUCCAGGGGAUCCUUGCAAGAUAUUCUUCAUGGUAAAAGCAAUGUUUCGGGAGCUGAACGAGGACCUGUUCUAUCAUGGACGCAACGCAUGAGGAUUGCCAUGGAUGCUGCAGCUGGGCUUGAGUUCCUCCACGAGAAAGCACAGCCUUGCAUAAUCCACAGUUGCAUCAGGUCCAGCAACAUAUUUCUCUUUGACAGGGACGUUGCAAAGAUUGGUUGGCCUGGUGUUUCCAGACAGGCUAACUACUGCACAGAAGCUGUCUGUUCUGUUUCUCGUGGUUAUGACGCGCCUGAGACUGUAAUGGGCGGUCAACAUUCUACGAUGAGCGAUGUCCACAGCUUCGGGGUUGUCCUGCUAGAACUUUUAACCGGUCGAAAGGAACUUGAUUGUACACUACCAUAUGCCCAACACUUUCUUGUGACAUGGGCUAGACCAAGACUUGAUAAAUGCAAGGUGCAAGAAAUUGUUGAUGCGAGGCUUGGAGGAGAUUACCCUCCCGAGGCUAUCGCCAAGAUGGCUGCAAUCGCGGCAUGCUGUAUACAGUCGAAGGCGGACCUCCGGCCAAACAUGAGCAGCGUCAUCAUGUACCUAAAGCCGUUGCUUCUCUAGCAGCUCAAACAAUCUUGUCGGCACUGUUGAAGCAUCUGGAUUCUGGAGUGUGAGGCAUCGUCUUCUCCAGGACUGAUAUUGCACGUGACGUAAUUUUUGUGGCAGAAUCAUGAUUGAAAAAUAGUGUAUAAUUUCUCAUUCACAUCGGCAGCAUGUAUGUAUAGUUUUGCAACCGGACAAGAUGAUGAAAUUCCCCAGUGCCCAAUUCCCACAUUUCCCGAGGCUUUGUAGCACAUAACAUUUAAGUAUAUGAGUCGCGCAUGCAUCAUAUGUGCUUCUCUUCUUUCUGGAGGAGGAAAUGGAAGAGUGGACAUGCA